UUUGAAUUUUCCGACGACGAUCUUGAACCCCUCUCAUACACAGACGAACCCAGUUCGCAAAAUGAGCCUGCACUGUGGCUCAGGUCGAAGCAUUCGCGGGCUUGCUGUCAGAAAUUUCUUCUUUGAAUCGAAGAUUUGGUGUUAUUUAGAGAUUCAGAGGGUUCCUGAUUCGUGAAGAACAUCGUGAGGGGCAUGGAAUGACAAAAUUCCCGACUUUUCACAUGAUGGAGAUUCUACCAAAAACAUUCUACAUGAUGGGCAUUCUCUUCUUUCCUUGCACUGGUUUCUUCCUUCUCACGGGAUUCUUUGUCGGAUUAUCUUUCAUUUUAGUUGUGGUUGGAGUGUUGACUUUCUUUGUGAUUGGAUUAGCAGCUGUAUUUCUAGUCAUCUACAUCAGAGAAUUGAUCUCAAAUGAUAAUCGACAUCCAGUUGCAGGGCCAAUAUUCAAUCUACUCAUACACUUCAACAGACUUUUCAAUUACCAAACAUCCCUUGCUCGGAAGUACAGUACUUAUCGCCUGAUCACACCGUUUAAAAGUGACGUAUACACUGCUGAUCCGGUUAACAUUGGAUAUAUACUUAAAACCAAGUUCUCCAAUUAUGGCAAGGGAAAGUUUAAUUCUAAUUUGAUGAGAGAUCUGUCUGGCGAUGGGAUUUUUGCGGUGGAUGGAGAAAAAUGGCGCCACCAGCGGAAGCUUGCCAGCUAUGAAUUCUCAACAAAAGUUUUGAGAGAUUUCAGUGCCACUGUGUUUCGAACUAAUGCUGCUAAAUUAGCUUCAGACGUUUCUAUAGCAGCAACUACUAAGCAAAUGAUAGAUUUGCAGAGAGGGAAAGAAGAUAUAUUAUCAAGGUUUCUGAUGGAGAGUGCUAAGGAUCCAGAGAAAAUGACUGAUAAAUACUUGAGAGAUAUUUCUCUCAAUUUCAUUAUUGCUGGCAAGGACACAUCUGCCAACACACUCACUUGGUUUUUUUACAUGCUGUGUAGACAUCCUUUUGUUCAGGAGAAGAUUGCACAGGAAGUGAGAGAAGCAACUGAGGCUGAGGAUAACAUCUCUACUGAUGAAUUUGCCAAUAAAUUAACUGAAGCAGACCUGGAAAAAAUGUGGUAUCUUCAUGCAGCUCUGACCGAGACUCUCAGACUCUAUCCUGCAGUUCCUGUGGACAGAAAGAAUUCGGAAGAAGAUGAUAUUCUACCGGAUGGCUUCAAAGUAAAGAAAGGAGAUGGUGUAAACUACAUGGCGUAUGCCAUGGGAAGGAUGACAUACAUCUGGGGAGAGGAUGCCGCAGAUUUUAGACCCGAAAGAUGGCUUGAUAAUGGCAUUUUCCGAGUUGAAAGUUCUUUUAAAUUCACAGCCUUUCAGGCUGGGCCUCGGAUAUGCCUGGGAAAGGAGUUUGCUUAUGGGCAAAUGAAACUUCUGGCCUCUUCUCUGCUCUUCUUCUUCAAAUUCAAACUUGUGGAUGAAAGCAAGGAAGCUACAUAUCGAACCAUGUUCACCCUUCGCAUGGUUAAAGGGCUUCAUCUGUAUGCAUUUUCUUGUCUGUGAAUUGAGAAAUUUGCAAAUGUUUGUAAAUUUUAGUUUUAAAAAAUAAAUAAUAUUAAUACUGUUGGAGACCGUUUGUACUUACUUUACAUACAGGAAAUUAUUGCCAUAUAAUGGGCUUGUUGGGUGCACAUUUUCUCAAAUUAAAAGUUGAUGAUUAGAAAUAAGAAGAGUUGGAGUACCCAUACUCCAGUUUCUAGAUAA